UUAUUUUUUAAUGUUUUUCACUUGUUGAUCAAAGGUCGUGGCAAUGAAAUAUUAUUUUGACUGGAUUUGUCCACCUUCAAGAGCAAUAUAUCUUCUGCUUAAGGUAAACAAUGUUCCUUUCGAAGGUUUUGUUGUGUCAUUAAAAAGAUCGGAGCAUUUGGAAGAAAGUUUUAAAAGUGUAAAUCGCUUUCAAAGACUUCCAUGUAUAAAUGUUGAUGGUUAUCAGUUGGCAGAAAGUGUAGCCAUAUAUAAAUAUUUGUGUAAAACAUUCCUUCCUGUAAUUGAAAAUUAUAAUCCACAAUUACCGAAAGAAAAAGCUUUAGUUGAUGAAUAUUUGGAAUGGCAGGCAAAUAAUAUUCGACUUGGAGGUGCCAUGUACUUUAAGACUCAAUGGAUGUUCCCAAAGUUACUAAAAUCAGAAGCAAACAUUGAAGAGGUUUCAACGUUUAAGUAUGUGAUGGAAAAUUCUUUGGAUACAAUCGAAGACGUUUGGCUUGCCGAUCCCAACAAAACUUUUUUGGUAUCUGAUAAAAUAUCAUUCGCUGAUAUCAUGGCAUGUGUUGAUCUUGAACAAAUCAGAAUUACCGGCUACAACCCCUUCGAAAAUCGACCAAAGUUAGAGAAAAUGUGGAAGAAUGUAAAGGCUUUGACAAAUCCUUUCUACGACGAAGCUCAUGAAGUUUGCUAUAAAAUGGGAUUGAAUAAGCCAAAACUUUGAAAGUUUUACUUUAUUUUUUUUAAAUUAUUUUCUUUUUAAUUUUGUUAAAUAUACUUAAUUAAAGAUGGGAGGUUUGUGUCGAUGUAUUUGUCUAUAUUUGCUUCUGGUGGAGGUUUAUUAGAAACUGUUCGAGUGUGCCACACAAGAACCUAGAAAGAUUUUAAAUAUUUCAUUAAUUAGUGAUGUACAUAAAUUUGUUUUGAUUUUACUUUUGUACAUUCUGAUGCGAUCAAUUCUAAUUCGUGUGGCUCAAAUGGUGAUAAACUUUCAAGGAAAC